CAAACCUAAUUAUUAGCCUCGGCUCUGGGUUUAUGCCCCAGUGUCUAGCCCUAAAUCACGAUUUAGACAACAUCUUCUCUCUCAAUUCAUCAAACUUCACAUUCAAUUUUCGAAUUUCCACCAUCAAAUCCCUAAUUUUUUCCUUCCAAUUUAAGGAACAAAUUACCAGAGUUAGACAAAAACACUUCGAGCAAAUUGAACUUUUUUGACGAAAUCAGAAGCUUGGAUCUUCCAUAACUUUCAAGAUUAAGAGAUGAUAAACAGCAUUGAACAUAGGGAGGUUAGGAAUUCGAGAGGAAGACGGCUCGAACGAGACGAAGAUGAGGAUGAUGAAGAUGAGGAUAAUGAUAUGUCUGCGUGGGAGAGAGCUUAUACUGAUGAGAGAUCAUGGGAAUCUUUGCAAGAAGAUGAGUCCGGGCUUCUUCGCCCCAUUGACAAUAAGAAUCUUUACCAUGCUCAGUAUCGUAGGCGCAUUCGUUCCAUUUCAUCAACUUCAACGACUGCUCGAAUUCAGAAAGGCCUUAUUCGCUAUAUAUAUGUCGUCAUGGAUUUCUCAAGGGCAGCAGGAGAGAUGGAUUUCAAGCCAAGCAGAAUGGCUGUUGUUGCCAAACAUGUAGAGGCUUUUGUAAGGGAGUUUUUUGAUCAGAAUCCACUAAGUCAAAUUGGUCUUGUGUCGAUUAAAGACGGCGUUGCUCAUUGUUUAACGGAUAUGGGUGGAAGCCCCGAGUCUCAUAUUAAGGCUUUGAUGAAUAAACUGGAGUGUUCAGGAGAUGCGUCUUUGCAGAAUGCCCUAGAACUUGUUCAUGAAUGCUUGAAUCAAGUUCCAUCAUAUGGUCACCGUGAAGUGUUGAUACUAUAUUCUGCUCUUAGUACUUGCGAUCCAGGCGACAUAAUGGAGACCAUCAACAAAUGUAAGAAGUCAAAGAUUAGGUGUUCAAUAGUGGGUCUUUCAGCAGAGAUGUUUAUUUGCAAACAUAUAUGCCAGGAAACAGGUGGAUCAUAUUCUAUUGCUCUGGAUGAGUUUCAUCUGAAAGAAUUGUUGCUGGAACAUGCGCCACCUCCUCCUGCCAUAGCUGAGUAUGCAGUUGCUAACCUGAUCAAGAUGGGUUUUCCACAAAGAGCAGCAGAAGGUGUGGUCUCAAUUUGUGUAUGUCAUAAAGAGGCUAAGGUUGGUGCUGGAUACACUUGUCCGAGAUGCAAAGCACGUGUUUGUGAGCUGCCCACAGAAUGUCGCAUAUGUGGGCUGACACUUGUUUCCUCUCCCCAUUUAGCAAGGUCAUAUCAUCACCUCUUCCCAAUAACACCAUUCAAUGAAGUGUCGUCUUCAAAUGGAAAUAUCAUUGGACAGAGAUCACUUGAAACAUGUUUUGGAUGCAUGCACAAUCUGACAAAUUCUGGGACUGGAUCUUGUUACUGUGUAACCUGCCCAAAAUGCAAGAAGUACUUCUGUCUAGAUUGUGACAUUUAUAUUCAUGAAAGUUUGCAUAAUUGCCCGGGCUGUGAGAGUUUAAGACAUUCCAAUUCAAAUGCUGGUGAGGAAUGAAAGACUUACUCUAUCCUCUGGAGGAUUGGUGUUCACGUCCCUGUUGGUAUGUGUGAGCAUGACGAUCCGCUAUUAAUGCUGCUUUAGCAAUUACAAAUCACUCUAUACUUCAAGGCUUUGAAGUUCAUAAGGGACAAUUUUGUUCAAGUGUUGUUCACUUGUUCGUAUAUCUAAAAAAUGAAGCUAAGACAUGUCAUGAUCAGAGCUAUACCUACCAAAGCUUAGUGGAGAUGGUGGGAACAAGUCACAAGUUCGAACUUCACUACAUACUUGUGCUAGAGAGUAGGGAUUUCCUUAUAUCUCCUCCUACUUUCCAAGUGUUGACCUGUAUAGUUGGGUUGAUUGACCUGAGCGAGGUGCUGGUCCAAUAGGGUCGUCCUUCUUACCAAGGAGUCCCUAGUGGGGUUAAACAAAAAAAUCCAGAGCUAUACCUCAUAUGUUCUUUUUAUGAUGCAAUAUUUUGACCUUUGUACUACUUUUAUAUUAAUUUUCACCAUAUUCUUUACUAAUAUUGUAAAACACAAAUUUUAUUAUGUUGAAUAUUGUGUGAUUAGUCUCAAUUUAUAUAUAUUAAAGAUAUCACUUGCUUUUAAUUUUUAA